AUGACCGUACCGAGAAAUUCUAACGUACUCCGUGCAGCUAUUGUUGUUGAUCCUGCCGAGCCUACCCAAAGGUUCAGGCCGGAUUGUAGGAAUUGGGCGAUACGUUUUUGUAUUUCUAUGAGAAGCUCUACGAAAUCUCUUUCGAAAGAAAGAUAUUUUGUCUCAUGA